UUUUCCUUCGACACCCGGUCAGUUUUCAGCAGACCGGUGGUUUUUCCAACGGUCAGUUUUCUAUUAACCGUCGCGGGUGGUGGUCGAUUUUCUUUUUAUAGAAGAUGGGGUGUGCUAGCAGUUCUCCACUUGUAGAAAACGGAAAAAACUUCAUAGAAGGUGCUAAAGAUUCGGUUUCAGAGACGUUAACAAAAGGAGGGAAAGUACUGGAAGAUGUUGGGGAAACAGCGAAAGAGGGAAUCUCAUCAGGACUGGAUACAGUGAAAGAAACCGUUCAUACAGCCGUCACUACCGCCGAAAACGGCGUCGAAAACGUUAUGGGAAAACUAGGAGAAACUUUUAAUUUAGCCUCUUCCAAAGCAACAGAUUUACAUGAAGACAUCGAAUCUAAAAAAGACGAGUUAGUAGCGAACGUUUCCGAUACAGCAGCCGAAGCUAUUUCCGAAGCUGAAACAGUGGUAGUUUCCGAAGCUGAAAACGCUAAAGAAGCGUUCACUUCCAAAGCAUCGCCAGUAUUUGAAACUGUUCAUUCCAUAGGUGAAGAAAUGGAACACAAAGCAUCCGAAAUACAAGAAGAUGGUAUUGAAUUUAUCGAAGAUAUAGAGGAACACGUUUUGGGUGAUAACGUCCACAAAAUGGAAACAAAACCGGAAGAAAUCCUUAAAGCGACAUCAACAGAAUCGCCUGUAAAGGAACUGGUAAAGGAGGAGUAAGUUAUCUGAUAUUACAACCGACAUUUUGGGAGGCUGCAGCCGAUGCUAUAUUACUCCAAAGGACAAUAAAAUCUAUGGAUUUUCGCGACGUAGGUAUAGACAAAAAAAAUUACAACCAAUCAGAAAUAUGUGACACUACAAAUGAAUUAAUAAAAGAUCACGUAAAAGAUACUGUUAACGAUUGAUUUAAUCGGUGUCGUUUCAAGAGUCUCAUGUUUGUAAUUUUCUGAAAUAUAUUUUGCUCACCUUGUAAAUUGAAACUUUAUUCGACAUUUCAUGGUGGUUCAAAAAGUUUUAUAUUAAUAAAAAUCAUGAAAUCACUUUUAAAUUGAAAUUUGAGUAUUUCAAAUAUGAAACCACGAACUAGAAUCUUUUAAAUCUCCACAAUGUAUAAAAAUAUUUUUACAGUGUACAUAAAAUAGUUUCGACGAAUAAUGCAAUUUGGUUAAUAAUUCUACAAAAUGAUUGUGACAAUUCAAUCUAUACUAACCAAUUUUUAUACAUUCAGCUAGAUUGUGAUACUUUUGUUGUGACCUGUAUAUUGUGUUUAACUAUAUCGAUAACCGUAAUACCUGCAGUCAGAAAUACGUAUAUUUUUUAUAUAGGUUAAAAUGGAGUGAUGUUAGAAGUUUAUUGUCCUAUUAAUAUAUAUCUAAUGUUUACUAACAUUGUCAUAUUUUAAGGUUUUUAGAAAAUAAUUAAAUGACUUUGAAAUUUCCUUCAAA